AUAGGCAUAAAAUUUUCCAUAUUCUCAGAAGAAGAAUCCGGUUGAAACGUACAGAAAAAGAAUCUAAAACGAACAAAGAAAAAUAGAAAUUCAAUUGUCAACUAAUGCAUUCUUGGUUGGUAGAUGAGGUGAGUCAGUGCAAACAUUGACGAGGGUUUUUGCAUCGGGUGGGUGGGUGGUGGUGCAUCGGCAUCGGCAUCGGCAUCGGCAUCGGCAUCAAUUAUGUGUCAAUAGUCAAGACAAUGGUGGUGCUUCUUCUGCUGUCACAGUGGUUUUUGUAAUUAAAUGCAUGAUUCACAACAAAAUAUCACAUUCCCCUUAAAUAUAUACGAUUAAGUGCAUCGAGUCAAAGAAAAGGAACUGAAUUUGUUGUUGUAUGAUUAAAUGGUAUGGUAAUAACUGGAUCUGGCAGCAGAAAUGGAGAGGGGGGGUAGGGUAGGAUAGGAGAUGCUGAUGCUGGCGCAAAGCAGGCUUCUCCGUGUCGGAGAUGGAGCAUCGUUGAUUGUUUUUGUUGCCCAGAAGGGAGUCUCUGUAGAGUGGAAUACAAGCAAGGAAAGAGAGAAAUAACAAAACCAGAGAAAGAAUUCAUUCGUAAACCCAAAGAAAUCUUUUGAUUACAUUGCACCGCACCGCACCGCACAGCCCAACCACCACCAGCUCCCCCAUCACCACCUAACCAAUCUCUUCUAGAGCCAGAUUCUCGCUUAUAGCUUCAGCUUCAUCCCAAGUUUACCUCACCAACACUACUACUCUCUUUCUCUACCUCUACAGUAGCCGAGGAGAGAGAGAGAGAGAGAGAAUGAAGCUUUCAGCGUUGCAGCAGAGCUACGCUAACCGGCGGAGCAACAGCUUGAGAGGAUCGCCGACGUUGGACGCGUCUCUGGACGGUGGAGUCAAAUCGCCGGCGGCCUUGUUCUGGCUAGUCCUCCACGGGCUCUGCUGCCUCAUUAGCCUAGUCCUUGGAUUCCGAUUUUCUCGCGUCGUGUUCUUCCUCGUCUUCUCCACCGCCAACACUGGUAACCUCUACUCUUCUUCCUCUUCCGAUGUCCUGACUAUUCACGCGACUUCGUCGAAUCUCCAACCGCCGGCGAAUAGGUCCGUCGUUCCGAAUAGCAGCCGGGUGGUGGUUGGGCGGCACGGGAUCUUAAUCCGGCCCUGGCCGCAUCCGGAUCCGGUGGAGGUCAUGAAGGCUCACCGCAUAAUCGAUAGUGUUCAGAGAGAGCAGAGGCUUCAGUACGGGAUCAAGAGCCCUAGAACUGUGAUUGCCAUCACUCCGACCUACGUAAGGACUUUCCAGACUCUUCAUCUGACUGGUGUAAUGCAUUCGUUGAUGAAUGUGCCUUACGAUCUCAUCUGGAUCGUUGUUGAAGCUGGCGGGGUCACUAAUGAGACCGCUUCGCUGCUCGCAAAGUCGGGGCUUCGAACCAUCCACGCUGGAUUUAGUCAGAAGAUGCCGAUUUCAUGGGAUAACAGGCACCGAUUGGAGAGUCAAAUGCGGCUUCGCGCUUUGAGAGUUGUGAGAGAUGAGAAGCUCGAUGGAAUUGUGAUGUUUGCGGAUGAUAGUAACAUGCAUAGUAUGGAGCUCUUUGACGAGAUCCAGCAAGUGAAAUGGAUUGGGGCAGUUUCAAUUGGGAUUCUUGCUCAUUCAGGUAAUCCUGAAGACGAAUUAACAGUAGUUCAGAAGGAGGGUGAGGAGAACUCGCCUAUGCCCGUUCAAGGUCCAGCCUGUAACUCAUCUGAUAAAUUGGUUGGAUGGCACACCUUUAAUUUGGCUUCAUAUGCCGGCAAAAGUGCAAAAUAUAUUGGUGACCAGGCAAUUGUGUUACCGAGGAAACUGGAGUGGGGUGGGUUUGUUUUGAACUCCAGGUUGCUCUGGAAGGAUGCUGAAGAUAAGCCAGAGUGGGUUAACGACCUUGACAAUGUUGCCGAUAGUGGAGGUGAUAUAGAAAGUCCAUUAUCUCUGCUGAAGGACUCUUCAAUGGUGGAGCCUCUUGGCAGUUGUGGGCGCAAGGUCUUGGUUUGGUGGCUUCGUGUUGAAGCUCGUGCAGAUAGUAAAUUUCCAGCCAGAUGGAUGCUUGAUCCCCCACUGGAGGUCACCGUUCCUGCAAAACGCACACCAUGGCCAGAUGCUCCUCCUGAAUUACCAUCCGAGCACUCGAGUGAGCAGACAGUGAUUAGCAUCGAGGAAAACAAAGAGAAGCAACAUCCUACAAAAACUCGAACACACAGAUCCAAACGGAGCUCCAGAAGUAAGAGAAAGCGCGAAGCAAGAGCAGAAGAUGCACAGGUCUUGGCUAGGCGUCGGCCUGGAGAAAAAUAAGAGCUUAUUGGCGAACCAGAUUCGAGAAGCAUACAGUUAAUCGUGUGGAAUACAUAGGAUCUUCAGGCCUGGCUCAUCAUCAUCAAAUUUGAAGAGAUCUGGAAGGGGGGGGGACAUCCCUACAUAAUUGAUAUGCACAUGAAAAAUGCACAUGCCCCCCUUAAAAUUAAUCUUUUAUCAGGGUGACAUUAAAUUUGGUCUCAUCAAAGAAAUGGUGUGCCAACUGAAUUCCCCGCAGCGCCUGCCACUUGCAGAUAAUUACUUGCCCAAUAUUAUGCUCAAUAGUUUGAUACAUAGUUUUCAGAAUAUAUAGGAGUUACAGAAUAUUUGUGGUGCUGAAUUUGAGCAAAUUAAUACUUGUAAUAAAAAGAUAUCAAUUCAAUUCAAGUGAGAAUUCUGCGUUCUAUAUA